CGUUUGACGACCACGCUGUUCACCUCACACAAUGGAUUAAACUUGGAGCUGUGAGAAGGUUACUGUCUUGCCAUACCGGAAUACUUUAUUAUUAUUAUUGUUAUUAUUUUUUCUUAUAAUUAAACUUCAAGGGAGCAUAGCAUAAAAACGAGGCAUGAUUCAGAGGGCAGAGGUGGUGCUCUCUGUCUUGGAGGAGCUGCAGGAGGCCACAGAAUGCACAGGCCUUGAUAGCCUCACUAAGAUUGCUGUGGAAGUGGAGCAGGUUCUAGCCCCUUUCCAUCUUCCUACAGCACUCUGCACUGAGAUCACCUCAUGGCUGGGCAUUGACUCUGCAGCUCACAGACUGUACCCAGCAGAUGCACCAGCUGGCUUACUUCCUCUAGUUUGUAAAGGAGAGGGAAACUUUCUGUUUGAUGCUGCUAGCAUGCUUCUGGUGGGCUCUACCAGCCUGAGCUUGGAGCUGCAGGUAAGGACUGUGGUGGAGAUGCUGCUUUGGAAGCAAUACUACCUAUGUGGUAUGAUCGACUCGAAGGUGAUGCUGCAGGCAGCCAGGUUUUCCCUUUGUGCCGAGGAAUCUCAGGAUAUGCUCAAUCUUCCAAUUCGGGUGCUGGAGGCCAUCUUUGAUGCAGAUGUCAAAGCCUCCUGUUUCCCUGGCUCAUUUGCAAACAUGUGGCACGUGUAUGCGCUAGCUUCUGUCCUGCAGUGCAACAUUUAUUCUGUUUAUCCCAUGUACAAUUUAAAGAUUCGGCCCUAUUUCAAUCGACUCAUUCGCCCAAGGACAUGGUCGAAAGACACAGAGACCUUGACCAUACACAUCAUGUGGUCGGGUGACCUGGAGGCAGGCUCUGUUUUUAAACCCCACAACUUUGUGGCCUUGAUUCAUGCAAGUGACAUCAAAAUUGGAAGCCCCAACAUUGAGCAGCGAAUGCCACCUGUCAAGUCCCAGGAGCUUCUAAGUCAGGAAUCCCAACUGACUUACUCCAGCCUUAAAGACAAAUUCAGCAUCAAAAAGAGCACCUUUUACCGGUGGAAGAAGCAAAGCAUUGACUACCACAAGAAGUCAGUUGCCAGGUAUGAGGCCAAACGUUUUUUUCUGACCUUCUACAAGCAAGGGAAGCUCAUUCCCCUCAGCCAGUUUAAAGAGAUUUUCCCACAAAUUCCAAGAUCCACAUACUAUGCAUGGAAACAAGAGCUCGUUUCCACUUGGAACAACUCCGGUGGCUCUACAGAGGAGCUGAGUCCUGGUGACAGCACUGAGCAGGACUACUGGUCCUCCCCAGAGGUCAAGAAAACACCCAGCCAUGGGAGAUAUGCCAGUAUGUUAGCAUUUAGGUGUGAAAAAUGGGAAGGUGAACGGGCUCAAAAUGUGGCCUUGAUGCAAGAGGCCAAGAAGAGCCUGCAGAACUGUAUUGUUACAAACACCUCAUUCCCCUACAGACUUUUUAAAAGAAGGUUUCCUGGUAUCUCUAGGUCCACAUACUACAACUGGAGGAGGGAAGCCAUGUUGUUCAAUCCUUUCAAAGAGCUCCCGGGUAGCAGUGAGGAAAGCUCAGAUGCUGAUAAAACCCAGAGUCCAAGAAGUUUGCUGUCCCCUGUUAAGUUAGAGAGACAGAAAUUGACACCUAGAGUGAGGAUCUACAGACGCAAGCAUGAAAGCCUGAGGCUGGCUUACCUCCAGAAGAAAACAUUACGAGAAGAAGCCAGAAUGCAUGUCCAGAGGUCAAAGAUAUCCUUUGUCAAAUUCAAACUCAAGUUUCCUUCAGUUUCCUCUUCUUUCUACUGGCUAUGGAGAGAUUCUUUGAAUAGGAAAACUGAGAAGCCCAUCAUGAUGUCUGAGACAGAGAAAUCCCAAAGCCUGAUCAUCUCACAAGAUGUCAUUGAGAAGAUAAAAACUCAAAAAAUGUUUUCUUUUGAUGGAAACACUGAUUGCCUGAAUGGACAGACCGCUAGCCCCCCUGAAUUUACACAGCCUGAAUACUCUCUGCCCAAUAAGUCCAGUAGUGAACAAAUGUUUGUGAUGGAUGUUGUGGCACUGGCCAAUUUCAAGGCUAAAGCAAAGCUGUUCUUGCAGCAACGUUUUGAAGAGAAGUCCUUUCCCACUUUUAAAGAGUUCAGGUCCUACUUUCCUCUUACUCCUCGCUCCACCUACUACAUGUGGAAAAGGGCUCUGCAUCAUGGAGUACCAUUAGUUCAUGCCUGAAUGUUUGAUCAUAUUUUCCAGUAGUUAACAAUCCAAUUUUAACACUGCUUAUGUUCAUACUUCACUAUGCAAUGUGUUUUUUUUUUUUUUUUUCUGUCUACACCAGCAUAAUUGCAGUUCAUGCAUCUUAAUUAUUUGUACCUUUCCUUUAUUUGACCACUUGGUUCUAGCUCAAGGACAUUUGCAUGUGUGUGAACUCAGACAGUCUUUGUGUCCACCUAAGUCCUGAUGGCCCCCAGGCAAAAGGCAGUUCGAAUGGCUUUCUUUGUACCACCCCCCUCUCCCCCGAACUGUUUACAAUUUAAAUGACUUCAAAGUUUAGAUUGGGUUCAUUUUUAAUUUUCUUUUUCUUUUUUAAGUUCAUUAUAAUUGUUUUUCAGACUUUAAUAUUUUUUAUUCGUUUUGUUCUUUUCUCCACAUCCAUGAAAUUACAACUUGUUAACUUUGUUCAAAUGUAUAGUAUUUUUAAUUCAUACACUGGAGGUUUGUUUAUUAUUUCUUUUAUGAUUAUAUAUUUUUAUACUGACAAUUGAAUGUUAUCUCUGCUCAGUUACAAGUUUAUGUUGCCAGGUUAGAAGGAAUUCCUUACACUUGAAAAUGCUUCAAACUUCUAUGAGGGCUUGAUGCUGUUUUGCACAUUGUUUUUGACCACACUUUUCAGUUCACACAUUUAGUCUUUGUCUUGCUGCUAAUGGUGUAAAUAUCUGACAAUAUGUGACUUGAUUCAUGUACACUUUUUAAAAAAUAUAAAGUAAAAUUUUAGUAAAAUUUCUAUAGCUUAUUUUAAACUACCAAGCUAGCUUUUUUGUCAUCUGCACAGUUAUGGUGUUCUGUAACUUUUGGUUAAACUUUUCCGAAGAAACCAUGUCCUAAAGAGUUUACGGUUACCUCCUUUAGUCAUUUUGAUGAAUUUAAAAAGUGCAAAAGUGAUUUUUUUUUUAUUAUUAUUUUUUUUUUAAUGGUGAGGAUCUCAUUUUAUGCACAAGACCAAUUGCUCUAAUAAUUUGUGUAUUUAACACGUGUUAUGCCCACUGUUCUGUCCUUAGCUAUGAGUCAGAAAAUAAAAACAACUGGAUUCA